AUGGCCUGGACCAAGUACCAUCUUCCUGCCGGCCUGAUGCUGCUCACCGGCUCCAUCAACACCCGCUCGGCCAAAUGGGCUGACAACUUCACCGCGGGGGGCUGCGGCGGGAGUGCAGAGCACAGCUUCCAGCAUCCCUUCCUCCAGGCUGUGGGAAUGUUCCUGGGUGAAUUCUCCUGCCUCGCUGCCUUCUACAUCCUGGUCUGCAGGGACCGGCAGAGAGCAGAGCCCAGCCUGGCCCCCGCACAGCCCUUCAACCCACUGCUCUUCCUGCCCCCGGCGCUGUGUGACAUGACCGGGACCAGCAUCAUGUAUGUGGCCCUGAACAUGACCAGCGCCUCCAGCUUCCAGAUGCUGCGUGGGGCGGUGAUCAUCUUCACCGGGCUGCUCUCGGUCGCCUUCCUGGGCCGCAAACUGGUGCCAAGCCAGUGGCUGGGGAUCCUGGUCACCAUGGCUGGGCUGGUGGUGGUGGGGCUGGCAGACAUGCUCGGCACCCACGAUGAGACGCACAAGCUGAGCGAGGUCAUCACAGGUGACCUGCUCAUCAUCAUGGCCCAGGUGAUUGUCGCCAUUCAGAUGGUGCUGGAGGAGAAGUUCAUCUACAAACACGAUGUGCACCCACUGCGAGCCGUCGGCACGGAGGGUUUCUUUGGCUUCGUCAUCCUGUCUCUCCUGUUGAUCCCCAUGUACUACAUCCCGGCGGGCAGCUUCAGCAGCGGCCCGCGGCAGGUGCUGGAGGACACACUGGAUGCCUUCUGCCAGAUCGGCCGCCAGCCCCUCAUUGCCCUGGCCCUGGCAGGCAACAUCAGCAGCAUUGCCUUCUUCAACUUCGCCGGCAUCAGCGUCACCAAGGAGAUCAGCGCCACCACCCGCAUGGUGCUGGACAGCCUGCGCACCGUGGUCAUCUGGGCCGUCAGCCUGGCUGUGGGCUGGGAGACUUUCCACGGCCUGGAGAUCCUGGGCUUCCUCAUCCUUCUGACCGGCGCUGCCCUCUACAACGGCCUGCACCAGCCCCUGCUCGCCAGGCUGCCCUGGCGCCGGCCCCCAGCGGCUGCCCUGGGCUCUGAGGCUGAGAGGGAGAAUCUGCUGGGAGGGGGAAGGGCACCCAUCAAUGCAGACAGCUGAGGAGCCGGACCCCAUGGGGCAUGGAUGCCAGAUCCCAGCACCCCUUUGUCCCUUGGCCCGGGCUGGGACACCGGAGCCUGCCUCUCUGUACUCUGUUGGCUCUACUGGGCCUCAGACGUUCUGGGCAUGGCUCCUCUGGGAUGGGAGGUGGGUUUUGGAGAAUGAAGGUCACUAGAGGUGCUCCCCCUCCUGAUUAAAAUGGCUCUGCACAUCCCCAGAGGAGGCCCUGCUAUGCCACCGGUGCACACGGGUUAUCUACCCCUUUCUCCCAGGGGGUUGCAGUGACAUCCUGUUCUGUGGGUCGUCCCCGUCCCCUCCCCCCGCUGCCUGCCUGGCUGCAUGACCCAGGGCUGUGCCAGGAUGGGUUUCUGGACCAGCACCAAUGAAUGCACAUCAGACCGAUGCUGGGAGCUGCUGCUUCUGAAGGAGACACCUGGGCUCAGAGCCGUGCAUGCAGUUCUUGGUGACUUUCAUCAGACUUUUACCUUCUCUCCUGCCCCCCAAGGAGGAGGACUUGCUCUACCCACCUAGUUCCUGCUCCACCUGCAGCGUCCAAUGGUGUAACGAGGAAACCGUUCUUCCAGGCUGGUGGGACAGGCCCACGACCCCUCUUCUGUCCCGCCUGCAGAUGGAGCCUGGAGGAGCACUGGUUACGGCCGUAAACCCUGGAAGCUCUUUGCCUCAGCCGUCUCCUUGCACAGAGCUGACGCCGUCUGCAGGGUGGGGCCCUGUUUGCUGCACCCGGGGUGGCAUUGGGGAUUUUAAUGCUGCCUAUUGCCUCCAGUGGCCCCUGGGUGCUGGGCUGCCGGGGGCCAGUGGUGCAAAGGUGGGGGGCAAGGGCGUGCUGUAUCACACACAGUAAAGUGUGCAAUUCCA